UGAAGCGUUUGCGAAGACUACAUUUACACGGGUCGAGAAUUGAAGUCUCCUGGCAGAGUCUCCGUUUCUUUCUUUCGGGGCACGGUCGGAACUAGAGAGUUUCCCGGUCAAGAUGCGGAUACCAGCGAUCGCAUUCCUUCUCCUAACCCUCGCCAUCGGACAUGCGGUGUCUUUAAAAUGCUUCCAGUGCUACUGGUUGUCGGACCAAGGGAGGGGGGAGUUUGGGCCCAGGGCUUGUAGGGAUCCCUUCAAUUCAAACAGCACACGAGUGCGAGAAGAGACCUGUCGACAGAACAACCAGUGCCGUAAAGAAUAUGCAACCACACCCGGAAGUGACGUCAUCGAGGAGGUGAGCAGAGGAUGCACGCCCUUUUGCGAGGAAAAAUGUCAAGACGGCACCGUGCUUGAAAAGCCUGUCAGGAUCUGCUCUCAUUGCUGCUCAGAUAACUUUUGCAACCGCGCAGGUGCGGUGACCUUCGGACCCGUCACCAUGAUAGCUUCAGCUAUUACAGCGGCAGUCGCAAGUGUUUUCUAAAACUUGAAUGAUCAUUACGUUGUCUGGAAUUAAUUUGUUCAUUCCUGUUAUCAAAUUGUCAUCCAGAAAACCUCCAAGAACACUUGAUUUGGAAUCCUGCACAAGCUGCUAAUGAAGUACUUAUAGGUGUAGAAUCUGACUUAUGAAUCAAAGUCCAUCAGGCCAGAAAAAAAGUCUCCGGUUUCUGAUCAGGAGCUGGCUCCAAAAGUGGUGCGGCGACUCGACCUUUUUCUUUAACCUGACCUUUUUGGGGGAAAUAUAUGGUGUAUGAUAACACGCGAUGUCCAUCGUGACUGCCCCGCACUUUUACUGCUUGCAGCAUUUUAAACUUUCCAUGCACACAGGACAUAAGACCAGCUCGUUUGUCUUGUUCCCAGAUGUAGAUUUAUUAUACAGAAACGACAUCAUCCAAAAAAGAGUGCCCGACUAAAUGUAUGAGGAACUGGAGGCACUUCCUUACUGCACAUACCACUCAACCAUACCGCAUCAAAAACGCGUUAAAAUUACACAGUAGCAGGACUCCAGUCGAUUAAGCAAGUUUGGCAGCUUUGGCGUUGGCCUUUUACACCAAAUAAAAAAAACUUUUCUUUUAUUUUGCCAAUGCACAGGUCUACAACGACUUGCGCUGACUAGAACCUGGAGACUUUUUUGGGGGGGGGGCUUUACACCUUUAAUUUUUGUUGCUUGCUCAAAUGUAACAACUACAGCUAUAGCUGUCGAAUAACGCUGCUCUGUACUGAGUGUUUUAUUCAUUCAUUGAAAUGUUAUACUCAUCUGAUUUCUUUGAAAAAGUUUUACACAAAGACGAUUGUUUCAAUAUAUCUAUUGUUUUUAAGCAAAGAUCUGUAAAUUAAAAGCAAAAUCUGCCGGAUUUUGUAUCUUAAAGUGUAGC